AUGUCCAAGGGCGACAUUCCAAACAUCGCCAAGCUCCAGCUCGAAGAACCCGACGAGGACCUCUUCGCGUCGCCCAACAGCGGCGCAACGACGCAAAAGCACACGCCUAGCUCCAAUGCGUCGUCCGUACAGAAGCCACAUGCACCGAAGCAGUCCAAGCAGGAUAUCGAGGAUGCGCGCAAUGCGCAACUACAAGCCGAGCUGGAGAAAGUCCGCGAGGUCAAUCGCGUGAUCGAGGGCGUGACGGCAUCUCUAACCAAGGCGAAAGAUAAUAUGGAGACUGUAAACCGCACUGUCAACGACGCAUCGACUCUGCUUGCGACCUGGACGAGGAUACUAUCCCAGACAGAACACAAUCAGAGACUGAUCCUCGACCAGCAGUGGCAGGGCGCGACAAGGGACGUGGAGGAUAUGGAGAAUGAGGAGGCGAGAAAGGCGCAGGACGCUGAGAGGAGGGCUAUGGAGGAGCAGCGCAGACGGGAGGAGGCACAGCGGAAGGCGGAAGAGGAGGAGAGAAAGAGAGCUGCUGUUGAGGAUAAGCGGGCGAGGGCUGGAUUGAGCAGGACGAGGAGCACGAGGGGGACCUCGAGUUCGACGAGAGGGACUGCGGGUACGGCUGGUAGAGGGCGAGGGACAACUGGUGCAACGAGGGGCACGAGCAGCUAUGGAAGAGUGUCGAGUACUAGGGGAAGAGGAAGAGGCUUGGGAUGA